UUAAAAUCUUAUCAUGGCGAUUAUUGAUGGGUAUUGAUUGAUAAAGGACCUUGGGCAAGGAUAUUUUUCAAGAGUCAAAUAUGCGAGGAACCUCAAGAACGAUAGACUAUCAGCUCUUAAGAUAAUGCCUAGAUGUCGGAAGUAUCCGAACAUCAGAGAGGUUUAUUUAAACGAAAUUGGUUUACUUCAACAAGUCGAAAAUGAUCAUAUUAUUAAACUCCACAGUUAUAGCAGCACUAAGAAGUCUGCUUGAGCCAAAAUCUCCAAGCCUGUGCCCGUCUAUGUGGUCGAGUUGGAAUACUGCACUCAUGGGGAGCUAGACCAAUUACUAGAGGCAACAGGGAGGUUGUGAGACAAGGAGGCACGUAAUUAUUUUAAGCAAUUAAUCAGUGCUGUGGAGUGCAUCCAUGGCCUUGGCUACGCUCAUUCUGAUAUAAAGGCUCAAAACUUGCUGCUAAGCGAGGAUUAUCAACUAAAACUGGCAGAUUUCGGGUUUUCAACAAAAGAGGAAAUCCUGAAAGAUAGAAUCGGAACUUACUCUCAUAUGGCCCCAGAGAUAAUAAAUAAGGAGCCAUAUGACCCUAAAAAGGGAGACCUAUUUGCCUGUGGGGUUGUUCUCUUCCAUUUGGUGAUGGGUUUUCUUCCUUUUGUAGCGGCAUGUCCUAAGGAUAGGUCCUAUAAUAAGAUAAUUUCUAGAGAUUUUAAAGGGUUUUGGGAGAUUCAUGAAGCAUCACAUCAUUCAAUUUCAAACAAAUUUUUUUCUUCAUUCAAAGACCUUUUCAUUAAAAUGGUACACCCAGACGUUGAGGAGAGGCUUACUCUUGAAGAAAUCAAGGAGCAUGAGUGGUUCAACGCCUGUACCAUCGAAGGAGAUGAGCUAAUUGCUAGUAUGAAGGUCCGAUCUAAGGCUGCCUUGGAUAGCACAGAGUUAUUCCCUAAUGAAGAGUUUCACUUCCAUAAUUUUAUAAUACCAAAUGAUGACAUUGUUCCUCCAAAGAAAUCAAAGAAAAAGGGCUUGCAGCUCAAAAAGUACUCCGAAUACUUCAUGUCUGAGACUGGGAAGACACUACUUUCAGCUAUUAUUUCCUUUGCCGAAGCACAAGGCUUGUGUUAUACUGAAGAUUCAACUCAUUCUGCAGUCUUACUAGAAUCUCAAACAGACGACGAAAAUGUAUCAAUAAAGGCAAAUGUGGUAGACAACCCCUCUUGUCAAUCACAGUGAAUAGAAUGUAUCAAACUGAGUGGUGAAAAGACAAUGUUCAUGAAGCUGUUCCACCAAUUAUGCCAGUAUGUCACAACUUCAACCCCUUACAAACCAGAGCUGAGCUCCGGCUUGUCAUAAUAUCAAAAUCUGAAAGAACAUCAGAUA